AUGCGAAUUUUAACAAGUGUUGCAUUCUUUUGUGUCAUACUACUUGUUUUUAUUAAGAUCUCAAAUGAUGCUUUUCUCAAAUGUUAUCAGAAUAUGUCCAUAGAAAUGAAAAUUGCUUUAGGUGGUCGUGAAGGAAACAAUGCGUUCUUGAAGUAUGGGUCAGCGUCCAAUGGCAGCUUUAAUGGUUUAGUUAGUCUUGUGGAAAGCGGCUUCAGCUACAAAGAUAUCGUGAAGUUAUCCAAGGAGCCAGAUAUUAAUAUGCACGCGAUGGAUGGUAUGGUGGUGGUAGCAGCUCGAGUGGGUCUAAGGGAAUUGGCCAGUGCGAUCGCCGAGGGACCGGCAAGGUGUAACAUGAACGAUCUUCAUCGGCUGACAUUAACAGAUGCCUCGUUACCGCAGCGAAUUCUUCCGAUUUCGGUACUAAAGAAGGGUUAUGGCAAUGCGAACAUUACUCCUUUACAUACGGCUGCCAUCAAUCCGAAUAUCCUUGAACGUCUCCGCACGAUACAACCGAACAUAAACAUUCCAGAUUCAAAUAACUGGUAUACGAUCCAUUACGCAGCUGUUUGUGAAGGAGCUGAGCCGCUGAAAUUCCUCUUGAGAAAUGGCAUCACUCCAUCGGUACUCAAUAAACAGAAUGAAUCCCCACUACAUGUGGCAGCUCGUGCUGGACGAAAGGAGACUAUUAAGGUGGGGUUUGAGGAAAGAAAAAUUGAACCACAUGGUCUGUAUCUGAGUCCCAUUUAUAUCAAAGUAAAAAGUCUGCGAAUAACAUACAAGUUUAUCUAUAAGGUUAGCACACUUAGUUUCAACGACAAAUAA